GUGGCCCUCUCCACAUCUAUGAUGCUUUUGCAAACUGCGAUCAAUCAAUUCAUACCGGUGAAUGUUCGAUCAUACAUCAUGUCAAGACUGAAGAGCUACUUCUUUGGAACUGUUGCCGAUGUCUCUUCUCUUGUCACUCUCACCAUCCCUGAGUUCUGGGAGAACAUGGGUCGUAACAAACUCUAUGAUGCUGUCAAAGAAUAUCUACCUUCCAAGAUCAGCAGUGCAAACAAAAACCUCAGAGUCGGCAUGGGAGGAGGUAAGAAGAUAGCGAUGGCAAUCGAAGGUGGAGAAUCCAUCGUCGACGUCUUUGACAACAUAAAGCUUACAUGGACAUGUUCCCAUCAGAAAGAUCAGCAACAGCAAGCGUCGACAGAUUUCUUUUCUCGUCGGCAACCGAUCCCGAGUCCUACUCAAUCAGACGCGAGACCCAUGUACGUGCUGAGUUUUGAUGAAAAUGAUAGAGAGAAAGUCAUGGAUUCUUAUCUGCCUCAUAUCGUGAACAAAUACAAUGCUAUGAAAAAGGGAAAGAAGGUUUUGAAGCACUACACGAGGACGAGUGGCGUAUGGCAAUCAUCCGUGCUGGAGCAUCCGGCAACAUUCGACACGGUUGCCAUGGAACCCGAGUUGAAGAAUGCUAUUAUCGAUGACUUGGAUCGGUUCCUGAGGAGGAAGAGUUUUUACAAAAGGGUUGGGAAAGCUUGGAAGCGUGGCUAUCUGUUGUAUGGGCCUCCCGGAACUGGGAAAACCAGCCUGAUUGCAGCUAUGGCAAAUUACUUGAAGUUUGAUGUCUAUGAUUUGGAGCUUAGUGGUGUUCACUCCAAUGCAGAUCUGAUGAUGUCGUUGCGUAAUACGUGUAAUCGUUCCAUUCUUGUGGUUGAGGACAUAGAUUGCAAUAGUGAGGUCCAGGAUCGAUCAAGAGAAGAUGGUGAUCGUGCUCUAAAACGUCAGUUUAAAAGGUUCACACUCUCAGGUUUACUAAACUCCAUAGAUGGUUUGUGGACAAGGAGCUCAGAGGAGCGAAUCAUUGUGUUUACUACCAAUCACAAAGACCAAAUAGAUCCGGCAUUAUUACGUCCUGGUAGAAUGGACAUGCACAUUAACUUGUCAUUUUGCACCGUUAAUGGGUUCCGAAUCUUAGCUUCCAAUUAUCUUGAUGUCCAAAGUCAUCCGCUCUUUGAACCAAUUGAUCGCCUGUUAAAAAAAUUACAGGUCACUCCAGCAGUAGUGGCAGAAGAAUUAAUGAAGGAUGAUGAUGCUGAUGUUGUUCUUUCAAGAUUCAUUAAUUUCCUUGAGCGAAAGGAGAUGGGGGGCGAUGGAAUGAAGGAUGUUGGUGAUGAAAAUGAAAUCCCACUCUGUAGAUCAAAUAAGAUAGAGAUUGAAGAUGAUGAAACUAAAAUCCCGCCCAGUAGAUCAAAGAAGAUAGAGAUUGAAGAUGAAGAUGAAGAUGAAGAUUUCAACGAUGACGAAUAUGAAGAUGAAUAUGAAUUUUGAUGGCAAAUAAAGAGCAGACUAGUAUGUGUUACAAAUUAAUGUGCUUUGACAUGUUAAUUUUUACUUUUGGUUGUGUUUUACUGAACUCUAGUUUGUUGCAGGUUAAAAAGUGUGUUGUGAAGCCGGUGUGUGUGAUUCUAGAACCUACUUUUGUAAAGCUUCUCUUGUCUUUGU